AUGCUCAAACAGCAAGGCCGGAGGUGGUCUUGGAGCUACAAGCCCUGGCCCACUACUGAGAGUGAGGCCCCAGCCCACACGGUGGGCAGCCAGCACCGCAGAAGCAUCUGCUCCAUGGGGGCCCGUCCUGGCUCCCAGGCCAGCACUGCAUCGUGGACGGAUGGUAACUAUCACUACUACAUAGAGGAGGACGAGGAUGGUGAGGAGGAGUGGCACAAAGACCUGGCGGAGGAGGAACAGCAGCCCCAGGAGGCCACCACCUCCCAGAAGGACCACAGCGACCUUCUCAACGCGCUUCUCAACACGCUGAAUGUGAACGUGGGCGGCCACAGCUACCGCCUGGAUCCCCGGGCGCUGGCCUGCUACCCCAAGACCCGCCUGGGCCGCCUGGUUACCUCCAGCAGCCGCAGCCGCCAGCUGGGCCUGUGCGACGACUAUGAGGAGCUGAGGGACGAGUACUUCUUCGACCGCGACCCAGAGGUCUUCCAGCUCAUCUACAACUUCUACGCGUCCGGGGUGCUGCAGGUGCGCGACGAGCUGUGCCCGCGCAGCUUCCUGGAGGAGCUGGGCUACUGGGGCGUGCGCCUCAAGUACACACCGCGCUGCUGCCGCAUCUGCUUGGAGGAGCGGUGCGACGAGCUGAGCGAGCAGCUGAAGAUCCAGCACGAGCUGCGCUCCCAGGCGCAGGCGGCGCGGGCUGAGGAGGCCGAGGAGCUCUUCCGGGACAUGCGCUUCUUCGGGCCCCAGCGCCGCCGCCUCUGGAACCUCUUGGAGAAGCCCUUCUCCUCCGUGGCCGCCAAGGUCAUCCGGGUGGCCUCCAGUCUGUUCGUGCUCAUCUCCGUCGUGGCGCUGGCGCUCAACACAGUGGAGGAAAUGCAGCAGCAGGCCCAGCAGCACGCGGGUGGCAGUGACGUGCGGCCCAUCCUGGAGCAGGUGGAAGCGGCAUGCGUGGCCUUCUUCACGCUGGAGUUCCUGCUGCGCUUGGGCUCCACGCCCGACCUGCGGCGCUUUGCGCGCAGCGCCCUCAACCUGGUGGACCUGGUGGCCAUCCUGCCGCUCUACCUGCAGCUGCUGCUCGAGUGCUUCACCGGCCAGGACCAGGGGCGCGGCAAGGGCUCCCCGCACGAGCACGACCUCGAGACUGUGGGCCGCGUGGGCAAGGUGGGCCAGGUGUUGCGCGUCGUGCGCCUCCUGCGCAUCUUCCGCAUCCUCAAGCUCGCGCGCCACUCCACAGGCCUGCGCGCCUUCGGCUUCACGCUGCGCCAGUGCUACCAGCAGGUGGGCUGCCUCCUGCUCUUCAUCACCAUUGGCAUCUUUGCCUUCUCAGCGGCCGCCUACUCUGUGGAGCAUGACGUGCCCGGUACCAACUUCACCAGCAUCCCCCACGCCUGGUGGUGGGCCGCGGUGAGCAUCUCCACUGUGGGCUAUGGAGACAUGUACCCAGAGACCCACCUGGGCAGACUCUUUGCCUUCCUCUGCAUUGCUUUUGGGAUUAUCCUCAAUGGGAUGCCCAUUUCCAUCCUCUACAACAAGUUCUCUGAUUACUACAGCAAGCUCAAGGCUUAUGAGUAUACCACGAUACGAAGGGAAAGGGGAAAUGUAGAGUUCAUGCAGAGAGCCAGAAAGAAGAUGGCAGAGUGUUUGGCUGGAAGCAGCCCAUAA